GUAUGCAACUUCCACACACAGAAAUUAACAUUCUAUAUCUUCAACUUCAAAACCAGCUUCAUUAGUUUGUAUCUAGAUACAAUGGCUGCAACAUCCACUAUGCAAUCAAUCCUUGGAAGCUCUGUCGCUUAUGGAAGAGUUGCAGGCAAGAACAGAUCUCUGAACCUGCAGAGUACUGUUCCUGCUAGUUAUGCAGUUUCAAGCUAUCUCAGGGUUGGCUCUAUGGCAGAGGAUGGUCAAAAGAAGCAACCAAUAACUGUAACAAAAGCCUCAAAGGAUCCCCAGCGUGCAGCUUCUCCACCAUCUCCGAAGUUUUCAGACGUGUUUGCAUUCAGCGGGCCGGCACCUGAGAGAAUCAACGGCAGGCUGGCAAUGGUGGGCUUCGUUACGGCUCUAUCUGUCGAACUCGUCGAAGGGCAAGAUUUGUUUGCUCAGAUAUUCAACGGCCCCGGAGUACCAUUGUAA